AUGUAUAGCUCUCCAUUCAACUCAUUUCAAGGUUCAUCAUCAAGUCCUGUGAUGGAGCAAAAUAAUGAAGACGUCGAACAAUUGAACUAUAACGAAGAAAGAGCUGAUGAGAUGAGUGAAGAAGAGAUAGAAAUGAUAGAAGAUGAGGGCAAUGAAGGAGGACAGAAAGUAGAUGGAGAUGAAGGAGCUGUGCAAGAUGGUCUUGGUCAACUUGGUGGUGUGAUUGAUGUUGUUAGAGAAAGGAUAAAGUACUUGAACAAUUCUGAAUCUAGGCUUCUUGAAUUUGCUAAAAUUAAAAAACAGCUUCAGUUGCCCUCUAGAAAGCUAAUUUUGGACUGUCCAACAAGGUGGAAUAGCACAUAUUUGAUGUUAGCUUCGGGCUUAGAGUUCAAGGAUGUCUUUCCAAGAUAUGCAAACAUUGACCCCAGAUUUCACUAUGUUCCUACUGAUUUUGAGUGGAUGAAGUGGAAGAAGAUUAAAGAGCUUUUAAAUAAAAAAGCUCUUGACCCUUAUGAGCAUAUUCGAGCUAUGGCUGGAAGUAUGUCUGCUAAAUUUGAUAAGUAUUGGAGGGAAAGUAAUGUGCUGCUAUCUUUGGGUGCAAUUUUGGAUCCGAGAUACAAAAUGUUUCUUAUUAAUCAUGCUUUUCCGGUGAUUUAUGGUGAGGAUGCAGCUCCUAGAUUCAUGGCUGAGAUUAGAGACAUUCUUUAUGAGUUUUACAAUGAAUAUAUUGAUUGUCACAUUGUUUCCCAUUCUGAACAACAACAGAGGCAGGUUGUAAAAAGGAGACAAAAUGAAGGUUCUAGUUUUUCUAGUAAGAAAGCUAGUAAAAUGACUGGACCAGCCAUUUUAACUGGUAAAGAAAAGUUUCACAUGCAUGUGAGUGAAAUUGACAGGGCUCCAUCAGAAAAAUCAGAUUUGGUUGUUUAUUUAGAGGAAAGUAGGUAUGCUUGUGAUGCAAAUGCGAAUCUGGAUGUUUUGGCUUGGUGGAAAGGGGAAAGAUUGAGAUUUCCUAUCUUGUCGAGGAUGAUUGUCGAUAUACUCUCCGUUCCUAUUACAACUGUGCCUUCAGAAUCUACCUUCAACGCCGGAGGUAGAGUAAUUGAUGAUCAACGAGCUUCUAUGUCAGUUGAGACAGUGCAAAUGUUGCUUUGCGGCAACGAUUGGAUCCGCAGUCUUCAUGACCUAAAGAAUAAGUCUCGCAUAAGUAAUUGA